CUGGCGACGUGGGACAGUCCCCCGGCCCGGCCCCUUCCCUGGGCGCCUCGAAGCGGCACUCGGUUGGGGAGCGCGACCGCCGAAGGAGAGGGCAGCCCUUCCCGCCCGAGCAGCGGAGAGGGAGCGGGGCUCGGGUUGAGGCGGAGGAGGCGCCCCGGAAGAGAGAGGCGGACCGGCCGUUGGCCCGCCAGAGGGGCGGGCAACGAGGCCGGCCGGCCGGCGGGGGGCGCGAGCUGCGCCCGUUUGGCGGCGCUGUGAGGCGGCCCUUCGGCUUCCAUCCCUGCCUGGGCGGCGACCAGAGCAGCGGCGGCGGCGGCGGGGCCAUGGCUUUGCUGCGGGCCCGCGCGCUGUACGACUUCAAGUCGGAGAACCCGGGCGAGAUCUCGCUGCGGGAACACGAGGUGCUGAGCCUGUGCAGCGACCAGGAGAUCGAGGGCUGGUUCGAGGGGGUGAACAGCCGCGGCGACCGCGGCCUCUUCCCGGCCUCCUACGUGCAGGUCAUCCGAGCUCCGGUGGCCGAGCCGGCGCUCCCGCCGCCCGCGCCCGCCCCGGCCCGCUACGCGAACGUGCCGUCCGGUGGAUUUGAGCCUCUGGCGGCGCCGGCGACCGCCUUCAACCCCCCGCCCGUCGCCACCACCGCCCAGCAUCACCAGCUGCCUCCGCCGGCCGCUGAGCCCUUCCAACUGCCUCCGCCGGCCGCCUCGUCGGGCUUCUCUUCCUUCCCGACGGCGCGCUCCUACGGCGGCGGCUCUUCUUACCAAGCCAGCCAAGGCAGCGACGACGACUGGGACGAUGACUGGGACGACAGCUCUACCGUGGCGGACGAGCCAGGCGUCCUGAGCUGCUCCUACCCGGACUACGAGAAUGCGGCGAUGGGAGUCGGCGGAGCCGGAGGCUCUGCCAGCAGGUAUUCCCUUUCCACCCGGUCCGAUCUGUCGCUGGGCUCCCGGAGCAGCCAGCCUGGCGGCCCCUUGCAUCACCCGGCCGGCGGCGCCAAGAGCUCGGCCACCGUCAGCCGCAACUUGAACCGCUUCUCCACCUUCGUGAAAUCCGGAGGCGAAGCUUUUGUGCUGGGUGAGGCGUCGGGUUUCGUGAAGGACGGGGACAAACUCUGCGUAGUGCUGGGCUCCUAUGGGCCCGAGUGGCAGGAAAACCCUUACCCUUUCCAGUGCUCCAUCGAAGACCCCACCAAGCAGACCAAAUUCAAAGGCAUGAAGAGCUACAUUGCCUACAAGCUGGUGCCAAGCCACACAGGACAGCAGGUGAACCGGCGCUACAAGCACUUUGAUUGGCUCUAUGGCCGUCUUGUGGAGAAGUUCCCGGUCAUCUCUGUACCCCACUUGCCAGAAAAACAAGCCACGGGGCGUUUUGAAGAGGACUUUAUCUCCAAGCGCCGCAAAGGCUUAGCUUGGUGGAUGGACCAUAUGUGCAGCCAUCCUGUGUUGGCCCAGUGUGAUGCCUUCCAGCAUUUCCUCACCUGUCCCAGCACUGAUGAGAAGGCCUGGAAGCAAGGCAAGCGCAGAGCUGAGAAGGACGAGAUGGUGGGUGCUAACUUCUUCCUGACCAUUAGCGUCCCUGCUGGUGGCCCUGCUGCUCUGGACUUGCAGGAGGUAGAAAGUAAAGUAGAUGGCUUCAAAAGCUUCACCAAAAAGAUGGAUGAGAGCACCAUUCAGUUGAACCAGACUGUCAAUGAGUUUGCCCGCAAGCAGGUUGCUGGGUUCAAGAAGGAAUACCAGAAAGUGGGACACUCCUUCAGGGGCCUCAGCCAAGCCUUUGAAAUGGACCAGCAGGCUUUUUCAGUUGGCCUCAAUCAGGCCAUUGCCUUCACUGGGGAAGCUUAUGAUGCUAUUGGUGAACUAUUUGCCGACCAACCCAGACAAGACCUGGACCCAGUGAUGGAUUUAUUAGCUCUGUAUCAG